CGACCCACCGUUCUUCAAUGUCCUUAACACUCUGCAAUUCAUUCCCACACUUUACUCCUUCGAUUCUCUCCUGAGAUUCUCUUUCUCCGCGAUUCACUCAAUUCCCACCUAAUAACCAACACCUCUCUCUCUCUCUCUCUCUCUCUCUCUCUCUCUCGUUUUCCCUUUCUUGUUAUUUCAUUGCCGUUUUGCGCUGUCUCGGCGUCGUUUUGCGGCUUUAGAGUGGAAAAUGAAGUCCUCGCUGAGCAAGUUGAGGAGAAUUGCUCUUCACAAGAGCGUUGGGAAGGAGAAGUGGGAGCUUCAGCCCUCCGUGAAGUUCGAUGAGCUUGCUCUCGCUGCUAAGGACAUGCAAGAGAUGAGAGAUUGCUAUGAUAAUCUGCUUUCUGCAGCUGCUGCUACGGAGAACAGUGCUUACGAAUUUGCUGAGUCGCUGCAGGAAAUGGGUACUUGUCUAAUGGAGAAAACGGCCUUAAAUGAUGAUGAAGAAAGUGGUAAAGUUUUGGGGAUGCUUGGAAGUGUGCAGCUUGAACUUCAGAAACUUCUUGAUAGCUAUCGUUCUCACAUAGUACUGACAAUAACUAAACCAUCGGAAUCUCUUCUUAAUGAGCUAAGAACUGUUGAGGACAUGAAGCGGCAAUGUGAUGAAAAAAGAGAAGUUUAUGAAUACAUGAUUACCCAACAAAAAGAGAAAGGAAGGUCAAAAAGUGGUAAAGGUGAAAGUAUCACUAUACAGCAGCUGCAAGCUGCUCAUGAUGAAUAUGAAGAGGAAGCAAAACUCUGUGCUUUUCGGUUGAAAUCCUUGAAGCAAGGCCAGUCACGUAGUCUCCUAACACAAGCAGCUCGUCACCAUGCUGCUCAGUUGAAUUUCUUUCGGAAGGGACUUAAAUCACUGGAGGCUGUUGAGCCACAUGUUAGGAUGGUUGCUGAACAGCAACAUAUUGAUUACCAAUUCAGUGCUCUUGAAGAUGAUGACGGUGAAGAUGGUUAUGAUGAUGGUGGGAAUAGCUGUGAUGUCACUGAAGGUGGUGAAUUGAGUUUUGAGUACAGAUCAGAUAAGCAAGUGCCAUAUAUUGUUUCCAUGUCACCAAACUCAGCAGAGCAGGUGGAAGAAUCAGGUCAUUCAUAUGUUCGUGCUUCAACCACAGAAACUGCAGAGACAAAUUUAGACAAGAACCAAGGAGAUUUUAGAGUCUCAAGUAGAGAUCCUAGAGUAAGCAGCUAUUCAGCUCCAAUAUUUGCAGAAAAGAAAUUUGACCCAGCUGAAAAAGUAAGACAAAUGUUAUCAUCAUCUACAACAAAAUCUAAUGCUUAUGUACUUCCUACACCUGUCAACGUCAAAGAAACAAAAACUAGCUCAGCCUCCCGCACAAGUGCUAGUGGAUCUUUGCAUAAUUUGUGGCAUUCCUCCCCUUUGGAUGAAAAAAAGAAAGAGAAAGAUUUUGUUGAUGGUAAAUUGUCAGAACCAACUAUCCCUAGAGCUCACUCUGUUCUCAAAGAAAGCAACAGUGAUACUACAUCCACCCAGUUACCACGCCCUUUGGCAGAGGGAACAUCACUUCUACAAGUUGAUAUUUUCAAUGCUUCUGAUACUAAGAAAAUAAAAAGACAGGCUUUUUCUGGUCCAUUGACUAAUAAACCAUUGUCAGUAAAGCCUAUUUCUGGGGGUUUUCCACGUUUACCAAUGCCCCAGCCUUCAUCUCCAAAAGCAUCUCCUAAUGCUUCACCUCCCCUUGUUUCUUCACCUAGAAUAAGUGAGCUUCAUGAGCUUCCUAGACCACCUGGUAAUCAAUCCAGCAAGCCAGUGAAAUCUUCUCGAAUAGGUCACUCCGCUCCAUUAGUAUUCAGAAAUCCAGAGCAUCCUGCCACUAAUAGAUUUCCUUCCAUUGUCUCAAGUGCGGCAUCUCCACUUCCAACUCCGCCUAUAAUUGUCUCUCGGAGUUUUUCUAUACCCACUAGUAGUCAGAGAGCUAUGGCAUUAAAUGUUACAAAUACUAAGUAUUUGGAUACUCCCCAAGUUCCAGAGAAGGUCGAAGAAGCUGCAUCACCUCCACUAACACCUAUAUCCCACAGAGCAUCAAAUAUGUCGUCUGACCUGGCUUCUCACUCUAGUGAAAUCCAAGUGGAUGCAGGUGGGAGCUAAAUCUCACGCACAUACGCUGAGGCUGAGUUCUGGUGAAUGAUUUUAAGUGCUUUAUUCUAUGCUUGUGGAAAUUAAAUCACUUGCAUUGGGGAGUCAUAGGGUUUUGUCCAACAGAAGUUUCAGGCAAGUAUGUGUAAAUAUGCUGUUUAUGUAUUGUUUAGCUUCUCAUCUCAAUUUGUAUCUAUUAUUUUUACUUAAACUAGUGAUGGGAACUAAACUCUACAUCAUUGUGUCAUUAUAAUGUGUUGUAUAUAUAUUCGGAUGAGAAAUUUUGUUCACUUCCCCAAGUAAACCCAAAUUGAACCUCUUCAACUUGUCGACGAUGAAAGUAAUCUAGAAAAAGAAUGAGAUGCUCAUUCCAUUUCACCCCACUCCAUUUUUCAGCGGCUCGAACAUUAUAAUUAGUAGCAGUAGUGGUAGUAGAAGAGAAUUGCUGAACAG